AUGAACUCUAAUAAUAUUAACAACGAUGGAAUUAAUUUUUCAACAUUUGAUACAAGUGCAUAUCAUUCGACAUUUUAUGGUAAUGUAAACGAAGAUACGAAUUCAUCAACUUCUUAUAAUUGUAACCAAUUAUAUCCAGUAAAUAAAUUGCCAGAAAAAUAUAGACAUAUAUUUUCGAAUUAUACGUACUUCAAUAAAAUACAAACAAAAGCAAUCGACACUAUUUUCAAUACUGAUAAAUCAGUCGUUGUGUCCUCGCCUAUUGGAUCCGGAAAAACAGUUAUUUUUGAAUUAGCUAUAAUACAUUUUUUAGAAACAAUUGGGAAGUUUUCCAAUAAUUUACAAAAAUUUAAAAUAAUUUACGUGGCUCCAAUAAAAGCAUUGGGUUCCGAACGCCAUGAAGAUUGGAAAAAUAAAUUUAUAGUCCAUGGACUUAAAUGUAUUGAAAUUACUGGUGAUAAUGAAGUUACCGAUUGUGUAUCAUUAAUUUCUAGUUAUCAGUUGAUAAUAACUACUCCGGAAAAAUGGGAUUCAAUGACAAAAAAAUUUAAAGAAUUUAAGUAUCAAAUUAACAUGGUCAAACUUUUUUUGAUCGAUGACGUCCAUUUAAUAAACGAUGGGAUUCGUGGUGCUACAUUAGAAGCUAUUGUUAGUCGCAUGAAAAUUAUUCCAAAAAUUUCAAAAGUGAAUGAUUUCACAUUGCGUUUUGUUGCUGUAUCUGCUACAAUAACAAAUAUUGAAGAUAUUGCAAAAUGGUUAACUAAUGAUCAAAAUUAUCCUGCCCAUUACUUGAAGAGUGCUGAAGACGAAAGACCAGUGAAAUUACAAAAAAUUGUGUUAGGUUAUAACUUUAAGGCAAAUAGCUUCAAAUUUGACUUUGACCUUACUUAUAAACUUAAACCUUUAAUAAGACAGUAUUCAAAUGGGCGACCAACCUUAAUAUUUUGUUCUACAAGGAAAAGCGUAGAAUUUACUUGUAGUAUUUUAGUGAAAGACAUUACAGUUUCGUUAUCUAUCGAAAAACAAAGUUGUAUCAACAAAUUUUCAAAGGAAAUUAAUAACAACAAAAUUAAAGAAAUGUUUAAAUUUGGCAUUGGCUGUCAUCAUGCUGGUAUGUCUAUUCGAGAAAGAAGUGUUACAGAAAAAUUGUUUCGUAUUGGAUGCUUAAACAUACUUAUCGCUACUAGUACUUUAGCAAUGGACAUUAAUUUAUCAGCACAUUUAGUUAUAAUAAAGUCUACUGAAUAUUAUUCGUUUAAUGAAUAUAAAGAAUACAACGAAUGUCAAAUAUUACAAAUGGUCGGGAGAGCUGGAAGACCGCAAUUUGAUAGAUCUGCUACUGCUAUUAUCAUGACGAAAAUAUCACUGAAGAGCCGGUACGAAAAAAUGUUGAUGGGGAACCAAUUUAUAGAGAGUCAUCUUCAUAAAUACUUGACUGAACACAUGAAUGCAGAGAUUUUUUUGGGUACGAUAUACAAUGUUAAGGUUGUAAUGGAUUGGAUAAGAUCAACAUUUUUAUAUGUCCGGGCGUGCAAAUCUCCUCAAAAUUACGGAAUGAUCAAGACCUUUAAUGUCCAAGAAGUAGAAAAUAAACUACAAAAUUUGUGUUUAACGGAGAUCAAAGCAUUAGCAUGUACGGGGUUAAUUAACUUUCUUGAUGGAAAUAAUGAUAUAAUUUCAAAACCAGAAUGCGAAAUAAUGGCUAAGUAUUCAAUAAGCUAUGCAACAAUGAAAAAAUAUAUGCAAUUAAAAGGAACUGAAAACUUAAGUGAUAUGAUAAAUUUAUUGUCUCACUCUAAAGAAUUCGAAUACAUCAAGCUGAGAAGAACCGAAAAAGCAGCUUUAAAUAUUUUGAAUAAAAAUAAAUUACCGGGAGUAGAUGUUUUACGAUUUCCUAUCGAAGAAGGAAUAAAUACUCGAGAAACUAAAAUAACUUGUCUUUUACAAGCGAUCUUAGGAACGUUAAAAAUUACGGACAGCUCCCUAGCACAAGACGCGAAUAAAAUAAUUAUAAUUUCUACGCGAUUGACUAAAGCUUUAAGAGAAAUCAUGUUCAAAGGUACAAAAUUCGAAAUUGCUCGAGUCGCGUGCAUUUUGGCAAAAUGUGUGACGACGAAAUUAUGGGAGCAAUCAAAGUUUGUUUCAAAACUCAUCCCAAGAGUAGGACAAGUGUUAUCACGAGAUUUUGUUUUAAAUGGAAAAACUACAUUGAAAUCAAUUAGGGAUACUGAUCCUAGAGAUUUAGAACGGUUCCUUAACCGACAGCCACCAUUUGGAAACCAUAUACACAAGUUUAUUAGUCAAAUUCCAAAGUAUAAAGUGCGUACAAGUUUUGAUAAAUUUUCAGAACUAGUUAUCGUAACACUCAUUUUAAUUGACCACGAUAAUAUUUCGUCAAAUGUACUAUUUCAAACCAUAUCAGUUUUAGUGGGUGAUUCUGAAAAUCGUCUGCUAAAAGCUCAACAAAUACGUAACGAAAAAUUUUUGGAACAAGGAGGAGUCAUACAAAUGACUACACCAUUACAAAAUAAUUUUUUUUUGGAUAUGCCUAACUAUGAAAUUAUUAUUUGUCUAAUAAGUGACUAUUGGGUCGGAAUUGAUAUUGAGAUUAAGUUCAAACCAGGUAAUCACGAAGAACAUGCCAAAGAAUCAAUGAGUGAAGAAAAUUAUGACGAUGAAUCACCUGAAUCACCGUUGAAAAAUUUCCACUCUCCGCCACCAAAAAAAAAGCGAAAUUUCAGAGAAGUGAAACAAGGUAAUAAAGACAAAACACAGUUAAAUAUUAAAAAAUAUUUACAUAACAUUACUUCGAAAGAUCAAGACCCUAAAGUCAUGAAUAAACUGUGCGUGGAAGAGGAUACAAAUACUGAUGUAAAACGUUGUGCUAAUGAAAGUAGUGUUGCAACACGUAGAAUUGCAGGCGAAAUGUUCAAAACACAAACUAAUUUCCAAAACCCUGGACAGUCAAAUGAAUAUUUUAAAUUCAACAAAGACGAUUUAAAUAACUAUUUCUGUUAUGAUGAGUUAAUAAAUGACGACGUAUUCGGUGAUUUAUUCGUACCCGAAGAUAAUAAUCAUGUCAUCUCUAAGGCAUUUGAUUCGGCAAUAGAGAAGUGUUGUUUUAGAGAAAGAGUAAUUCAAACUAAUUCUUUAAAAAAUCAAAUUCUGAAUGAAGUUAUUGAACCCAUGCAAUCGAGAUGUUCCAGAAAAGACAGUUGUUUAAAUGAGAAAUUAGAAUAUAAUAAAUUGAUAAUGGAAGAAAAAUCGGGCGACGGUAAAGUGGUGGUGGAUGUUCAUCUUCCAGAAUUUAAUCAAAUCACUUGUAAGAAUAUAAAUCGAUACAAGAAAGAUCAAUUAUUGGCAAACAAAGAAAACUUCAAUCCUUAUAAAUUGAACAGUACAAAAAAACGCCUUCCAUUCGAUGUUAUACAAAAAUAUCACUCCGAAAGUAAACACGAAAUUAUGUCCAUUGGAUUUGAUGUGAAACAGAGACAUUUUUCGGACUUAAAAAGUACAAAUAAAAAUCGUUACAUGCUCUCUUCAAGGACAUCGACGACGAACAUGAGUCAGACAGAUGUUGUAUUUGAACAGAAAUUCGAACAGAACUUCUCUACAAUAAAUAACGAACAUGUAAUUCCGAAUGCGGCCGUGGGUCGAUUGUCCCGUCUAAUAGAAAACAACUUGAAGGCCCCGUCCGAUUUUUUAAUUAAUCAGGACACCGAAAAUUUGCCUGAAGUAACUGAAAUUCAUCGCAGGGAAUACUUAGCAAACACCUUUGUACCGGUCGAUCGUGGUAGCAUGCAGCAAAAUAGACCAGAAUUUGAAGUUUCCGCGGCACCGACGGCCUUGACACCCAGACACAGUAAUUGUUUUGGCGGUAAAACAACUCUAGACAAGUAUUUCCGAGCGGUAAAAACUUCACGGCGACUACGAGAUCUAAAUUCCAGGAGGCUUUCCGUAGCAGUGUCAGACGUUUCCGCGAAAAGUCUUGUCGAAAAACCGUCAUCCGACUUAGCAACGCAGCAAAAGACUGACCCCAAAGACGAAAAACUGUUGUUCACAAAGCAUUUUCUUAACCAUAAUUUGGAAGAGUCACGUGAAACGUACCUGUACCAGACAGUGUUUACGUUACUAUUUCCCGGCGACUUCUAAGGACUUGUAAAAAUAACACCCAUACCCGCAAUAUGAUUCAUAUAGCAAUAAUAU